AUGGUAACAGGAAAAUGGAUUACUCAGUUCUUGGUGCGCCAAUUUGUUCGGCGGCCGAUCGAUCGGAUCAUUCCUACUAAUAAUAAUAAUAACGGAGUAUAUCUUCUGUGUUGCAGGUCAGAGGCGGUCAAAGGCUCCGUCAUUGGCAUUGACCUGGGAACCACAAACUCAUGUGUCGCCGUCAUGGAUGGGAAACAGGCAAAGGUGUUGGAGAACGCAGAGGGAGCUAGGACAACUCCUUCUGUCAUCGCCUUCACAAGCGAGGGGGAGCGCCUGGUGGGCAUGCCCGCCAAACGCCAGUCAGUCACCAAUCCUCAGAACACACUGUACGCCACCAAGAGACUGAUCGGACGCCGCUAUGACGACGCUGAGGUGCAGAAUGACUUGUGAGUGACCUUUGGCAUUUAUAAAGCAUUC